GAUUUCUCUUUGCUUCUUAGAAAAAUAAAUUUUUGACUAUCAAUAUGAUCGUUCAUUCGAGUCGCAAGCAUGUUGAAGAAUCCAACCAGCCUCCCUCACCUUGUCUCGCUUGCAGCAGCACCUGAUGUUGAACAACUGGUUGGUUCGUUAUCAGACACGCAGAUCAUCACAUCACCACCACAGUUUCUCUCUCUGUUCCUAUCCAAAACCCAUAAAAGACCAAAGAUUUCAGCGACAUUUUGAAAUUGUAGGUGCAGAGUCACGAAGAGAAAAUCCCGAAUGGCUUUUCUUCUUCAACUUCACCCACCAUUUCUCGCAAAACAUACCAGGGUAUCCUCCCGUCUCUCUUCGCCGAGCAACUCUUCAACCCACAAUUCCGUCGAUUUCAGCAAUUCGCUUGCUGAGUUUCGAUCCAAAUCGCUGAAAUUCGCGCUCUCUGGUGCUCUAUCUCUCGCGUUGUCUAUUUCUUCAGGAGUUGGAUUUGCUGAAGGAAAAGUUGGGGUUAACAAGCCAGAGUUGCUUCCACAAGAGUUUAGAACAGUUAUCGAUGCAGCUGGAUUCCUUUCGGAUGGCCAGGAGAAAAGGCUUGCUCUGGAGAUUGCUGAUAUUGAGAAGGAUACCGGGUUUAAGCUGAGAGUUUUAGCUCAGAACUAUCCCGACACACCUGGGUUAGCAAUUAAAGAUUAUUGGCAAGUGGAUGAUAGAACAAUUGUCUUCGUUGCAGACCCAACCUUUGGCAAUAUAAUAAACUUCAACGUGGGGGCAUCAGUGGAUUUAGAUAUACCGCGUAGCUUCUGGAGCCGUUUGGCAGGGAAAUACGGGAACAUCUUUUACUGGAAAGAAAAGGGCGAAGAUGCAUCUAUCGAAGCUGCUGUCAUGGCAAUAUCAAAUUGCUUGAGGGAACCAGUGGGCAGAAAUAAUUGCUCCGAGGUAAAAUAAUUUAUCCAACUUUGUAAACUAGUAAAUACACUUAAAAAGUAUCACUAAUUUCUUUCACUUAACUUUGUAAACCAUUUUACUUGAUAGAGACUUAUGGAUAUAUUUUACUCAAAUUUGUUACAAUUU